AAUUUCCUGAUAGCCCUUGGCCCCGCCUACGUCUUUGAAACGUCAACAGCGCCAAACUUCAGGCUCCCUGACGUGAAAAUGACCACUGAUAUCGAGGAACCGCAAUGGAGAAAAGUCCAUUCCGUCACAGGAGUGAUACCGCGGUCUAGACACGGACACCGAGCUGCAGCAAUAAGGGAGCUGAUUAUUGUUUUCGGUGGUGGAAACGAAGGGAUAGCGGAAGAUCUCCAUGUUUACAACACUAUCUCAAAGCAGUGGUUUCUGCCUGCGGUGAGGGGUGACAUCCCACCCGGCUGUGCUGCCCAUGGCUUUGUCUGUGAAGGCACUCGAAUACUGGUCUUUGGUGGCAUGGUGGAAUUUGGCAAAUACACCAACAGUCUUUAUGAACUUCAGGCUAGUCGCUGGCUGUGGAAGAAGUUGAAGCCCAGAGCACCCAGGAAUUGUUCACCCCCCUGCCCUCGGAUUGGACACAGCUUUACUCUUGUAGGUAAUAAGUGUUACCUGUUUGGAGGGCUGGCCAAUGAUAGUGAAGACCCCAACGGCAACGUGCCAAGGUACAUGGGUGACCUUUAUGAGCUGGAGCUGCAGUCAGUGUCGGGGGUGAGAGGUUGGAGCAUUCCAGAAACAAAAGGGGGUGGUCCUUCGGCACGGGAGUCUCACAGCUCGGUUGCUUACAAGGGCCUCAGCUCCCCGAAGCUCUACAUCUUUGGAGGAAUGCAAGGGUGCCGGUUAGACGAUCUCUGGCAGCUUGACCUUGACACAAUGGUUUGGUCAACACCAGAAACAAGAGGUUCCACACCACUUCCCAGAAGCCUUCACUCUGCUAGUGUCAUCGGAAACAAGAUGUUUGUUUUUGGAGGCUGGAUUCCUUUUCCAGAGUCAGACGAACACAAUGCUUUAGGAACAGAAUGGAUCUGCACUGACUCUUUAAGUGUGCUCAACUUAGACACUAUGAGCUGGCAGAACCUGGGCCCAGAGGAGCAGGAUGACAUCGAGUCCCAGCUGCAGAGCCAGGGACCUCAGAGUGACGAUCCUUAUGCAUGUAGGCCCAGAGCUAGGGCCGGCCACUGUGCCGCCACUGUCGGGCCCAGGCUUUACAUUUGGAGUGGCCGUGACGGAUACCGUAAGAGCUGGAACUACCAGGUCUGCUGCAAGGAUCUCUGGUACCUGGAGACAGAUCGACCAGCCACCCCAGAGGCAGUGUUACUCAUCAAAUCCACAGUCAGCAUGCUGCACGUGGCAUGGCGCCCCUUGGCUGCAGCAGACUGCUACAUCCUUCAGAUCCAGCCUGUGUCCCCUCCCAAAACUGCAGACAGCAAUCCACCUGCAAAACGAGUCGAUCCCAUGCGAACAGAUGGACAAGAGGGGAAGAAUAAAGAUCCUGCAGGCGUCCAGUCUCUUCAACCUCAAAAUGAAGGAACCACAAAUAGAGAAAAGAAAGCAUCAACUAAGGAUGCUUCAGUACAGCAGGAAACUUCAGUGAAGUCAUCCAGUGGCUCAGCAGAGACCCAAGCACCAGGAGGCAGGAGUGCUGGUAUAGAUUCAGAAGCCUCUGACCCUAAAAGCUGCUCUGCUGGACAGGGGACAUCAACAACAGAGGUCAUCACCUCAGCUCAACAUCAGUCAGACAAACCUGUUUACGCUGACAAGACGGCAAAUUUCUACGUCCGUACACAUCAGGUUCAGCAGAAUCCAGAUGAAGCAGUGUGGUUUGAUGUCGGUGUGUUCAAAACACUCUUCUCUGAGGUCAGCCACUACUUUCUCCCAGCUGAAAGUGACCAGGUGACUAUAGCUGUCAGCAACCGGCCCCCAAAUACUAAAGAGCCCUUCCCCCAGAGGAAGCUGCCAGGCCCUCAGGACUACCAGGGCAGAGAGGAGCAGGAGCUUGCUCCAGGUCAGACCUACAGGUUCAGAGUUGCAGGCAUCAACUGCUUUGGCCGGGGAGACUUCAGCCCAGUCAGUGAGUUCAAGACCUGCCAACCUGGUUUCCCUGGAGCACCCUCUGCUGUCAAGAUUACCAAGGCCAAUGAUUCAGUCCACAUCACAUGGGAGGCUCCACCCUCUCCGUCAGGCCGGAUCCUAGAGUAUUCUAUGUAUAUGGCAGUGAGGAAGAGCCGCUCCAACACCUCAGAGCGUCCAGGUCAAAUGGCCUUUAUCAGGAUCUACCGUGGCACCAAGAUGUCCUGCUCAGUCAGCUCCACCCACCUGGACAACGCCCACAUUGACUGCUCCGCCUCUAACCGGCCAGCUGUAGUCUUCCGCAUUGCUGCCAAGAAUGAGCAGGGCUACGGCCCGGCAACGCAGAUCCGCUGGAUUCAAGAUCCCACUAAAUUGCGAGCAUCUACAUCCAAAGCAGACAGCAGUGCUGAGGCUGACGCUGCUGACAGCUCCAGCUGAAAAAGUUUGAUCAAAUGAUGUGGGAAAAAGACUGCACUCAGUAUUGUAUGAUAUUUCCUAGAUAGUUUUGUUAAUUUAUUUUUUUAUGUAUUUAUUAUUAUUCCCUUGUAAAUAUAUGUACCUUUUUCACAUGAAGCUUAAGCACUUGGCUAUUUUAGCUAACAAAUGUUUUGUUAAGUAAUAAUAUAGGGAUAUGAUGUAGACCAAACUAUAACUACUACCACUAUUAUUUGAUACUUAAAACUCUUUAAAGGUGGGAGGUGCCUAAUCCAAACCAGUGAACUUUUGAAAUAUGAAUAAUCUAUAUAAUUAUAUUGUUGUUUUAUAAUCAGAUUGUUUCCUGUUCUAGGUUUAAGAUAAUUGUUAAUAUGUUUUGUCGAUAUACAAAGCCACACCUUACUGCAAAUUGUCUGUAUCCAUUACAAAUCUGCAUCACAUUUCUUGGUUUAUGAUUUUGUAGCAUUUUAUUUUCGUUAUUGUCAUCAGAUCAUUUAUCUUGGGGUGAUGUAUCUAUCAUUAUUAGUCUAUCAAUAUCAUUAUCAGUUAAUCCAAUAUUAUUUCUGACUUCAACAAAAGAAGAGCACAGCACUACUUACAUUACGAUUUCUACAGGCCUUCUUUAACUGGUUUAGUAAAAGAACACACAGAGACAUUACUGUC